AAAAAUAUCUAGAAGAGUUUUCAUGAGUCAAAAAGCUUAAGGAUUUGAUCAUAUUUUCCAAGUCAAGAAACCGUAAUUGUCUCAUCAUGCUUUGCCAUUCUUCCUACAUGCUUGUGAAAAGGCAACUCAAAUAAUCAAACAACUUUACGAAUACGACACGUUGUUUUGUGAACGCAUUAACAAAGAAAGAAGAGGUUGAAAUUGACCAUUCUCCUUCUCUGAUAUUUUCCAUGAAAGAGCCAUCCCAAUCUCACCCCAAAGCUUUCCAAUUUGCCAUUUUCUAUUUGUUAGCUUCCUUUUGAAGAAGAUCCCAUUUGCUUCUACACCGAUGUCGAAAGGCGUUGUUAAGACAACCGCAGCCACGAAUUGAAUGAUCUUUUUGUUUCUGUUUUGAAGUUUCACCUUCCAUAUUAAUGAGAGAUCUAAUUUGUUCUCCAUCACAACGUGGUUGUGACAAUUAAACUAUUGACCAAAAAGGUUGUUUCUUUCUUAUCAAUGUACCAUACAGAUCAAACUUCAGAAUUAUGCAGUCUCCUUGUAUUAGAGAGGCUUCACAGGCCUGCCUUCGAGGCUGCUGUCGAACCCCAUUUCUCGGACUUACCGAUUCUUCACAGACUGCAAUAGACAGAUCUUCUGCAGCUUCGACUCCUGCAUACAACUUUCAUGGCAUAACGGAAACAUCUCUCCAUCCAAAUGCUCGAUUCUCCGAUCAUGAAUCCAUCCCUUCUCUAAAGGAUGCUUUUACUUACUUCAUUAGAGCAUACCCUCUCUACCUUGACACACAACAGAUCGAUCGAAUUCGAGCUGAUGAAUAUAAUCAUCUUGCUCUCUCCAAACACGUUUGUCUCGAUUACAAUGGUCAGUGUCUCUUUUCUUUUGCUCAACAGCAGAGUUCUCCAAUGACUCCAGCUGCUUCUUCCUCUUCUCCAUCAGGCUCCCCUCCUCUAAUUCUGCAUUCCCCAGGAUCACCAUUCUUCAACAUUUCCCAUAAAGCAGUCAAACCAAAUUCCCAGGUAAAGAAUGGUGGUCAAGAAUCAGAAUUUGAGUCUAGAAUCAGAAGUAGAAUUAUGAAGUUUAUGAACUUAUCAGAAGAUGAUUAUGCUAUGGUGUUCACAGCCAAUCAAUCAUCAGCCUUCAAACUAUUAGCAGACACUUACCCUUUUCAGCAAAACAGAAAUUUGAUCACAGUUUAUGAUCACAAGAGUGAGGCAGUUGAUUUGAUGGUUGAAAGCUCCAGGAAGAAAGGAGCAAGAAUAUAUUCCGCAGAGUUCUUAUGGCCAAACCUAAACAUUUCAACCGGAAAAUUAAGAAGAUUAAUAGUUAGUAAACGGAAGAGGAAGAAGAAGAUGAAAAUGACAAUGAAGAAAAGGGGGUUAUUUGUAUUUCCACUUCAGUCAAGAUUAACAGGAACCCCAUAUUCAUAUCAAUGGCUGAACAUAGCUCGAGAUAACGAAUGGGAUGUCUGCCUAGAUACAUGUGCACUAGGGCCAAAAGACAUGGAAACUUUAGGCCUCUCUCUUUUCAAGCCUGAAUUUCUAAUUUCUUCUUUCUACAAAGUUUUUGGCGAAAACCCAUCAGGGUUUGGCUGUUUGUUCAUCAAGAAAUCCAAUGUGUCAUUCAUGGAGAGUUUACUCACCUCCCCUGCAAACAUUGGCGUUAUAAGCCUUAUCUCAACAUCACCAUCAUUUCCAUUUCCAGAAGAACCUGAAACUACAGAAAUCGAAACUCAACAAAUUUCAAAACCCACCCUAGAAAUUCAAAGUCUAGCUAGACCAGAGUCAGGAAAUUCACCUGAAAUCACUGAAGCCACAGAAAUCGAAGAGGAAGUACUCUCAAUCACAGGAAUCGUCGAAUCGACAACACCUUUCGUAUCCACUCGAUCAACCAACACAGAAAUGAACUCAUACUUGGAUUGCAGAGGCUUAGAUCACGCAGAUUCAAUAGGUCUAAGAUUAAUAAGCAUUCGAGGAAGAUACCUGAUCAAUUGGCUAACAAAUGCAUUGAUGAACCUACAACACCCAAAUCCAGAAGGAGGGAUUGCUAAAGCUCUAGUGAGAAUCUACGGCCCGAAAAUCGAAAUCAAUCGAGGACCCGCCGUGGCAUUCAACAUAUUCGACUGGAAAGGGGAAAAAGUAGACCCAGCAAUGGUUCAGAAGCUUGCUGAUCGGAGCAAUAUUUCGUUGAGCAAUGGAAUUGUGAAGGAGGUAAGUUUCUUGGAUAAGAAUGAAGAGGAAAAUGAGAUGAGGAAGGAGAGAGCAAUGGAAGAAGGAGAAAUAAUUGAUAGAAAUGAGAAACGGCAUUGUCGGAUAAGGGUGGUGAGCGCAGGGAUUGGAUUUUUGACAAAUUUUGAAGAUGUUUAUAGGUUUUGGGCGUUUGUUUCAAGGUUUUUGGAUGCAGAUUUUGUGGAGAAAGAGAGAUGGAGAUAUAUGGCUCUUAAUCAAAAGACCAUUGAAGUUUGAAAAUCUAAAUCUCCUUCUCCUUUUCUUUUUUUUCUUUUUUCUAAUAAUUUCUCAAUUUCUUUUUUAAACUAUAAUUUCACAAAUCUUAUUCAUGCUUUUAUUA